UGCGAGUGUUAAUAAGGCCCUGCCUGAAGAUCUCAGGCAGCACUCAGGCUCAUAGGGGCUCAAGAGCUCACUGAUGUAGGCAGGAGCGAGAUUGUUCAGAGCCUUAAAAACAAUAAACUGUAUAAACCCUCUUCUUCUUUCAGGUGACAGUUUUUCAGGUAGUGAGGAAUCCCGGACGGCCUGAUAAUUUUACGUUUACUGUUGAUGGAUCACUAAGGAACAUGACUGCUUACAUCACAGGAACAUCCUCUCUCACUUUUGAGCUCACCAGCUCAACAGGUGUUACUCAGAGUUCCAGUCAGUCCAGUGGCCCUCUGGCGUCUUUCACCACAGCAGGAAACCUGCACCGUUUAAACAUCAACACUGACAAUCAAACCGGAUUAUGGGAGAUUAGAGUUAACUCGAACGACCCCUACUCUGUCAAGGUCACAGGUCAAAGCUCAGUGAACUUCAUUUUCAAUCUCGUGGAAGCUGAUGAGGGAGGCCGCGGGGACUUCAGCCUGAAGGAGGGACGUCCGCUUUCAGGUGGGAAUGCCAGUCUCUUGGUCUCUGUGACAGAAAGUGACACGGUAAAGGUCACAGAGGUCACUCUGUUGGACAGCUCAGGGACAACAGAAGUCAACGGAUCACUGCAGGCAUGUUGCACAUUCACUUGAUGAACUUAAAAGAGCGACACAGAGUAGCUAGUCUCUACUUGCUUUAAAGUAAUUGUAGUUAUUGUUAGAACU